AUGUUCUCCGAGUAUGCUUCACGCUUCCUAGCACAGUCCCAGUCCCGGCUCUCCAACUUUGGCCAGCCCGACCCAGACCACUCGCAACGUCAAAACGACUGGGCCUCGUCGCGCCCGGGCCGAUCCCAACGAGAUGCAGGCCGGGGGCCCGUUCCCGCCAGGUCGUUCCUCGCCCGGGGCUACGGCGGGAACCCGUAUCAACAGAAUGGCGCUGGCUCGCGCUUCGGCCCUCUGGGCUUUGCAUCUCGCAUAUCCGCCGCACAGGACGCCCCACUCUUCUACAGCACACUCGACGAGUUCCGUGACGAAGACGACGAGGAAGAGCGGGAGAGAGAGGCGGCCGAUCUGUACGCGCUGCAACGGUCGAGGCGCGUAGCCGCCGCCAGCAAGCUUGCAGAGAGCGCCGAGUCCGCCAACAGCCACGCAUCAGUCGAUGAGAGCGCCGACCAAACCCAAAGUCCAUACCGCAGUCAUGGCCUGGCACGGGGCAUCAAGAGCAGCUGGAACGCCACGAGGAGCACACACCAGCCACACGUGGUGCACGACGCAUUACUAGAGGAAGCGGAAGAGGUGGCACAACCCCGAGGAGACCACGCCGAUCACGAUACCAAGGGCAAAAUGGUUGAUAUUGGUCUGGAAUCGCAGGAGGACGGCGACGAAGAGCCGCCUGAAUCGCUGCUGGGCGGAGAGGCGCCGGCCGAGUCAAGCCCUCCCCCCUUUCAGCAGUUCAACCCGCAUCCAGAACGGGAGCCAUUUAUGCUCAAGAGGUCUGCCACCGAUGACACAGAGCCGAGUAGCAUACGCAGGCAGGACCCGGCAGAGUUUGAGCCCGCCGCCCAGCAAGGAAACCUCGUGGUCGAGGGCGAGCUCUUCAAACACGACCCCUUCUUCGCCUGGAUCUUCCUCAUCAGUCUGGCUGGCAUGAUGUCGACCUUUGUCCUUGUCUGGCUGCACACCUCGCCUCGGAAGAGCCCCGUUGGCGACACGAUAUACGCCACGCUCCAGAAAUCAUUUGACAUGCUGGUUGUCGACACCGUCGUGGCCGUCGCUGUAUCCUUCUUCUGGCUGGCCGCCCUGCGCUCCUUUGUCAGGCCGGUCGUCAACAUCAUCCUCGUUGCGGUGCCCGUCAUCAUGCUGUCCUUUUCUCUCUACACCUUCGUCUCCUCGUUCCAGGGGAGGACCAAGGGGUCCAGCGUCCAAGACAGCGUCAUGCGGUGGGCGUCUCUGGUGCCGGCCGCCUCCUGCAUCCUGUGGUUGUGGCUCGUCGCCAAGGGGCGGAGGGCGAUUCAGCAGGCCAUUGAGAUGCUGCAGUUCUCGUGCAAGAUCCUGGCGCAGAACCCGGCCCUGCUCCUCGUGGGAUUUGGCUGCCUCGGCCUGAUUGUCUUCUGGACAUGGGCCUGGCUGGCCAUGUUCACACGCGUCUUCAUGGGCGGCUACUUCUCCACGUCUCUGGUCCGCUUCGUGAUUCGCCUGUCGAGCUGGUGGCUGGGCGCGGCCUUUAUCCUCAUGUACCUGUGGACACUGGCUGUCAUCAACGCCGUCCACCGCGCAACUACGGCGGCAACCGUUUCGCAGUGGUAUUUUCAUCGCAACGCGGGCCCGGCGACGCCCUCGAGCGAGAUUGUGCUCGCGGCUCUGAGCCAUGCCACGACGACCAUCUUUGGCAGCAUCUGCGAGUCGACGCUCCUGUCGCUGCUGCUGCGCGCGCCACUACUCUUUCUGCCGAGGAGAAUAGGGUCCGCCAUCACCAACCUGGCAGCAUUUUGGAUACCGACACCGAUGGUGGCACUGACCAACCCGCUGUCGGUUACCUACGCGGCCAUCCACUCGCAGAGCCUGGCUACCUCGGCAAGGGGGCUGGACCAGAUGGAGGUGGUGUCGCCGGCCAUUCCGACGACGACGCUCACUCCACGGGCUCUGCGGCUCCGCGGACAGGCCAACGGACUGCUCCCGUACCGGUUGGCGAAGCUGCUCCUGGUGGCGACACGGUUCAUCAUGGCGACGGGGCUGGGGUUUGCGGGGUGGGUCAUCACGGCCAAGCAGCUACAGAUCCAGCUUCCGGACGGCAUGGGGAUGCGCGGAUCGGCAUACGCCUACGUCGUGGGCAUCAUGGCGAGCUUCAUCGGCUACUCGGUGAUGGGAGCGAUGGAGGGCAUUUUGAGCGGCAUCGUGGACGCGGUACUCAUCUGCUACGGAAGCGAGAGGCGCAUGGAGAGGGGCCACGGGCGGUUCUGUCUCGAGGCGGCGCAUCUGUUUGGCGAGAGGCGGAUUGGCGAGGAGGGAUAUGCGUAA